AUGGGUCAUCUCACCACCGUCGCCACCUGCAGCCUGAACCAAUGGGCUCUCGAUUGGGAGGGGAACGCCGCCCGGAUCGUGGAGUCCAUCAAACGUGCAAAACAGGCGGGCGCCAAACUGCGAGUAGGCCCAGAGCUGGAGAUCUCCGGCUAUGACUGCCUGGAUCAUUUCCUCGAGAACGAUGUCUAUCUCCAUUCUUGGGAGAUGAUGGCGCGAAUCCUCGCAGAUGAGGAAUGUCACGGAAUAUUACUGGAUGUUGGCAUGCCAAUCAUGCACAGAAAUCUUCGCUUCAACUGCAGGGUGAUUGCGAUUGAUGGCAAGAUCUUACUCAUUCGUCCAAAGGUCUGGCUGGCAAAUGACGGAAACUAUCGCGAAAUGCGGUACUUCACCCCGUGGGAGCGCCCUCGGCAUGUGGAAGAGUAUUACCUGCCACGCAUUAUCCAAAGGCUUCAAGGCAGUACCAAGGUGCCGUUCGGAGAUGCUGUUAUAUCAACGCCGGAUACUUGCCUGGGCGCGGAGACUUGUGAAGAACUGUUCACUCCCGCAGGGCCGCACGCCCACAUGGGUUUGAACGGCGUCGAAAUCUUCACCAAUAGCUCCGGGUCCCAUCACAGCCUACGGAAGCUUGACCAGCGAAUUUCAUUGAUCCUUGAGGCAACUCGGAAGAGUGGCGGCAUAUACCUCUAUUCAAAUUUACAAGGUGGAGGCGGAGAACGAUUAUAUUACGAUGGUUGCAGCAUGAUCGUAGUAAACGGCGAGAUCGUCGCCCAGGGAAGUCAAUUUUCUCUCAACGAUGUGGAAGUUGUCACCGCAACCGUGGAUUUGGAGCAGGUUAGGGCGUUCCGCUUCGCUCCCAGUCGAGGUCUCCAAGCAGUUCGCGCUCCUGAGUACAGGCGUAUCGAAACGCCGUUCAGUCUGUCUGCAGAGAGUGACCAGUUGGAUCCCCAUCUCUCGCCGUCGCCUCCCCUUGAUAUGCGAUAUCAUCUCCCCGAAGAGGAAAUCGCACUUGGUCCGGCAUGCUGGCUGUGGGAUUAUCUUCGCCGUUCCCAGCUUGCCGGCUUCCUUCUCCCCCUGAGUGGUGGAAUUGAUUCUUGUGCCACCGCCAUAAUCGUGUUCUCGAUGUGUCGUCUGGUCAUCGAAGCAAUUGAAAACGGCAAUGACCAGGUCAUUGCGGACGUGAAGCGGAUCGCCGGGGUGUACGAAAAGGAAGGCUGGCUACCAAAGACGCCCCAGGAACUGUCCCAUAACAUUUUCCACACUGUGUAUAUGGGAAUGGCGAGCCAGUCUUCCAAAGAGACAAGAAGCAGAGCCAAAGAGUUAUCCAACGCUAUUGGCGCUUAUCACGUAGAUCUCAACAUUGACGACAUUUUCAAUGCUCAGAAAGACACGUUCACCAAGGCUACUGGAUUUGAACCGAAGUUCAAAGUGUACGGCGGAACCCAGGCGGAAAACCUUGCCCUUCAAAACAUCCAGGCACGUACACGAAUGGUAACUGCUUAUGAAUUCAGCCAGCUACUUCCAACCGUCAGGAAGAGGCCAGGCGGCGGCGGGUUGUUAGUUUUGGGAAGCGCCAAUUGCGAUGAGGCCCUUCGCGGAUAUUUCACCAGAUACGACUGCUCAUCUGCAGACAUCAAUCCAAUUGGUUCAAUUUCUAAAACGGACCUGAAGCGCUUCAUCGCAUGGGCGCAGCGGGAUUUCGACCUACCCAUCCUCGAAGACUUCCUCAAUGCAACUCCGACGGCAGAACUGGAGCCCAUAACAAAAGAUUAUGUUCAAGCCGAUGAAGUGGAUAUGGGCAUGACGUAUGAUGAGCUGUCGACGUUCGGCGUUUGCCGUAAAGUGUUGAAGUUGGGACCAUAUGGGAUGUUUGAAAAAUUACUGCAUGACUGGAAAGGCUUGAAGCCGCGAGACGUUGGAACGAAGGUCAAACGAUUCUUCCACUAUUACGCUGUAAACCGGUUUAAGAUGACAACGUUGACUCCGUCAUAUCAUGCCGAAUCAUACUCACCGGAUGAUAAUCGAUUUGACCUUCGUCCUUUCUUGCUUCCGCCUCAGUAUUCAAGCUACCCGUUCAAGAAGAUUGACCAGCUGGUGGAGCGAAUAGAAGCCCGCGAGGGAACGGGCAAAUCUAGCACGCAGUAA